GGGUGCAUUUUUGCCCAAAGUCCUCAAGCCUGGAGUUUACAUCACUGAUCGGUAUACCACUUGCUAGUCGGGGAUUGGGUAUGAAGCAAAAGUAUGAGUAAUACCCCACUGGACUCGUUCAGGAUGGGCUAGGUGCUCUUGUCACGAAGAACUACACGUGUAGAUGUCUACAGGACUUAGUCGCUGAUGUCCUUCCCAAAAUGUCCAAGGCCUCUGAAUCCCAUUGCAACAUAUGUUUUCUUCUGCUGUGGUACUACGCGACAUGUUUGUGUAUAUAUAGUCCUCUCUUAUGCCCAGUCUAGAACCUCUUCUGUUGAUCGCUACCGUUUCUCAAUAAGCCCAUCAACUCAACUUCCCUUCAACUUUCUCUCAUCAUGCGUUCCGUAACCUAUCUUCCUCUACUAGCCGGUCUAGCAGCUGCGUGCUCUGUGACUGGCAAUGUGAAGACCACCUUCUACGGAGUGCCGGACAAUGACCCAGCUGGAUCCGACGCUAUCGCAUUCAGCUGCUCCUCUCGUGGCUUCCACGCGGGUGGCACAGGAACAUUCAGUGACCCGCUUACGUUUGCGUCGAAGCAAGGAGGCGCCUACAGUCAAUGUGAAAUCGUCUACUCACCCUAUCUGAGGAAGUAUAUCCGCAAUGAGGACAUCUGCGCAGGCUGCACUAACCCCGAAUGGAUCGAUGUGUUCACCGGCAACUCAGCAAACGGCGGAAAUGCUCAGGUCAACUGUGAGAACCAACUCACACCCAAUGCGGCACAGAGCGUCAUUAGGAGUCCGCCUACAAACUUGCAGGUUGAUACCACACCACUCUGGAAGUCGGGCACUUGCAACACUGGACAUGUCUAUCCCAACUACGACGCUCCCAGUCUCUGCAAUGGCGGCAACGCCCCUACGUGCCAGACUGGCUGCUCUUGGGCUGGCCACUGUAUAGGUUGCGCAUGCACUACUUUCGACGACUGCUCAGAUGACUACAUUUGUACAAAUGGUGCAUGUGCUAAGCCCUAAGUUUUGUUCUGUUUGUGCCUCUCCAUGUGAUAGCUCUUGUCGAAAUCUCAAAGGAGGAGUUACUCGAGAUGGUAU